AUGCCUGGCCCCGCGAACGAAGCCCCCACGAGCGCAGAAGCCCUCUUCUACCAGUAUGUCUUCCCAAGGCUCCCCACAGACGCCCAAACCCUCUUCCGGGAGCCCCCCACCAUCGCAAACCCCUCGUCCUUCCUCCCCCUCUUCCGCCUCCUCGCUCCCUACAUCGGCUACUUUAUCACACUCGUCGCCUUCAUCAUCGUUUGGACAGCCCUCUCCAGUAUAGUGGGCUACAUGUCCCGCAUAUUCCGCUUCUCCUUGCGAUUGAUUCCAGUGAUCGCAAUCGCGGCCUGGGUGAUGGCCAGCUCGGAACAGGGGACGUUAGAGGAGCUUUUGGAGUUGAUGAAGCAAUGGGCUGGGCUGGUACCCACAGACGGGCGACGCGAAGCCAGUCCAGGCGUUGCUUCACUCGUCAAUUUGCUGGGCGCUGCCAAGGAUGGAAAUCCCUCCAGUCAACCAAGGCGAAACCCCAGCCGUCAAGGAAGAGCGCGGUCGCGAUCUCCCCCCUACUCUUCCCGAGAAAAGCCCGACCCUGUUGCUGCCCGCGCCGAUAACAAAGGUGCCGAGAAAGGGCAAGCAGGGAGACUUGACUUCAUUUCGUCCGUGUUGAGCUCCGCCGUGGGCAGCAAAAAUGCCGAUGACAGUGCCAACGAAUGGCAGAGAAUGCUUCAGGAUUAUGUGAGGCAGUCUGUCUUGAAAGCAUCUGGUGUGGAUUGGCUUUUUGGCAGACAGGAAAAAGAUGAGAAGAAGGCGCGGGGAUGGUGGUAA